UUCAGACCACUGUCGUUCCUGGAUGACGCUUACAAACAUCCCCUUUAUUUAAACCACCGUAUCGAAUAUCCUCCAAUCCAUUACUAUACUCCAUCGUUAAAAUCAGCACACGACCUCGACCCGCCGAUCAUGAGCUCUGGCUCUCCACCCGCCGGUGACCAGCGAGAGUCGUCCUCCCGGGAGUCUGGCACUGCAUGGCAUCCGGCAAGGGAGUGGAUUGAGCAAGACGAUGAGGAUGAUGGACAGAACUUGGACUACGAACCGUGGGGAAAUAUGGACGAUGGAAUGGACGAGGAGACAACGUCGGAGCAAGCGGAGGCGGAAUAUCAAGCAUACCUGGAUUUUACAGGGGAUUCGGAUGAGAGAUUGCGGAAUAUCGACAUCGAAUUCACUUUGGAUGGCGACCCCGAAGGAGAAGAGGUCCAAGAAGGGAGCCCAAUUCAACGGAUUUCUGCUGCUCGAAUAGUCAACGUUAUGAGUUAUCACGGCCUACGACCUUUCUUUCGUCAUAGUCGUAUAAGUGACGAUGUUGACGACGGAUCUGGACACUUUGGCUAUGCAUCACGGCAUCCAAGAAGAGAACAAUUUGCGAAAGUCCCAAAUGAGGCGGGAAGGGAACUCAUGGGAUCUGGUGAUUUUGGAAGUAAUUCACACUACGUUGACGAACUGAAGAAGCGCAAGAAGGCACUUGCGACAAGAUUGAUGUGGCGAGAAUUGGGAAUUGAUGUUAAUGGACCGCGAACAAGGGCAACGCAGUCGAUAUCUCAGGAUUUGAUUCCUCGUUCAGUAGCAGAUAAGAUCAUCCAUUACGACUCACGAUGCUAUUCAGGCCAAUUCUCCGAUGACGGCAACUUCUUCUACUCUUGUGCUCAGAACUUCAAGGUUCGGUUAUAUGACACGUCCAAUCCGCACGAAUGGAAGUAUUACAAGACCGUGGAAUACCCAUUCGGUCAAUGGACCAUAACAGAUUGCACCUUGAGUCCAGACAACAGGUUUCUAGCGUACACUUCGAUCCGGAAUCUCGUAUGUCUUGCGCCAACCGAUCCAGCCGUUCAGUCAGACCCGACCAUACUCAAUCUAUCCGUUCCUCCGGGGGGAAGACGCGAAGAAGAGCCUUACCGUGGUUCGCACUUUGCUAUCUGGUCGGUUCGGUUUUCGGGCGAUGGACGUGAAAUAGUAGCUGGUACAUCUCAGAAAACGGUCAUCGUUUACGACAUUGAGACUCGGCAAUCCGUUCUACGGGUAGAAAAUCAUGAAGACGAUGUUAACGCCGUCUGCUUCGGGGACAACUCGUCACCUCACAUUCUCUAUUCAGGAUCCGAUGACACCACAAUACGAGUAUGGGACCGCCGCUCGAUGGGUGACAGCCGUGAAGCAGGGGUGUUUAUGGGUCAUACUGAAGGACUAACCUACGUCGACAGCAAAGGCGACGGCCGAUAUGUCCUGUCUAAUUCAAAAGACCAAACAAUGAAGCUCUGGGAUCUGCGAAAGAUGAUGACCACCGCAAAGUUCGACACUAUCGACGUCAACAACUACACGACCGGGUUUGAUUAUCGUUUCGAAACAUACCCAGAUGAUUACUACGAACCUCAUCCUCAUGACUGCUCUGUUGUGACAUUCCGUGGCCACCGCAUACUCAAAACGCUUAUACGAUGUCACUUUUCCCCUCCUGGAAGUACGAAUUCGAGAUAUGUAUAUACAGGAAGUGACGACGGCAAAGUCUACGUGUACAAUCUGGACGCGACGCUCGCGGGGACGAUAGAUGUCGGAAUGACCACGCUUAAUUCACGGCCACGCGAACCCGAUCUUUUGAUGAAUGCAUAUGACUUCGGACUUCGAAGCGGCGAGUUGCUCUGGCGGACAUGUGUCCGUGACGCGAGUUGGCAUCCGAGUGCCCCUGUUCUUGCAGCGACAUCAUGGAAUGGGUGGGGAUUAUCGACCGGCACCUGUACCCUACAUUCAUGGAAUGACUGCCCUACUGAAGAUGAAGGCAACCCUCCUGUUGGCUUGAGCUAUGAUUACAGACUUGAAGAGGAGCACGGUUUCAACGAUUAUAGGCAGACAAUGCAGGCUUUUCAACGCGGAGGGCCUCUUCCAAGAAUGAGACACAGCUAUAUUAGCUCCGACGAAGACGAGGACGAAGAUGAGAAUGAAGAUGAGUCGGAAUAAUGAUUCACGAAUACGAUUAUGACUUGUAUAUAUUAGCUUCGUGAUAAAGCAGGCACAGGUUGUCUCGCUUUGGAUAAAUUUCAUGAAACAGCAUUAUUUAUACAAAAAUACGAAGUAAGCCAUAGUAAGGGGAUAUCUCAUCACCGCGACUCUCUCUGCCCCGAGCCGCAUCCGGUGCCCAAAGAGUAUAGUGCUUCGAAGGAAAUGUGACGUUCAAUCCCAGUAUCCGUUAUAGCCCCCUGCCGAUUGAUUCCCUAGGAUGAGCCCAUUGGUGACGAAAUAAGAUGAAUACGCCCGACGACACGUGGUAUCAUGACUCUGGUGACCCUCCUCAACUCCUAGUUUUGUUGUGCAUUGGUAUCAAAAUUCGAAAACGACUGCGCUCCGCAAUUAUGCGCCG